UCGAUAAAAGACAAGUAUUUAAACGGAGAUGUUUAAGUAACCGGAGGCCAUGAAGUAAAUACCAAGGUCCAGUGACACAGACGCCCAAUCAAUGGAUAGUCAAACACAGAUCACUCCAUCUCUCUUCAUUCUCUCCUUGCUGCUUCACUCUCUCUCCCUGGCUGGUGGUCAUGAGGUUGAGAAUUCGAGCUUGUAUCCUUUGGUUGUAAGCACCUGGCCUUUCUUGGAAGCUGUUAGAGCGGCAUGGACAGCUGCUGAUGACGGAUUUUCUGCUGUAGAUGCUGUCGUGGAGGGCUGUGCGGCUUGUGAGGAAUUAAGAUGUGACGGUACAGUUGGACCAGGCGGUAGUCCAGAUGAAAAUGGUGAAUCUACAAUGGAUGCUUUGAUCAUGAAUGGGGUCACAAUGGAGGUCGGAGCUGUUGGUGCAAUGAGGUUUGUUAAAGAUGGCAUCAGAGCGGCAAAAUUAGUGAUGCAGCACACUCAACACACUAUGCUUGUUGGAGAUCAAGCCUCAGCCUUUGCGAUUUCCAUGGGUCUUUCUGGACCUUCCAACCUCAGUUCACCUGAGUCCAUGGAUAAAUGGAUAAAGUGGAAAGAAAAUGACUGUCAGCCAAAUUUCAGGAAAAAUGUUCUACCCUCUAAUAGUUGUGGCCCUUAUCAUCUUAAGGAUUCUAUGGACUUUGGUAAGACAUGUUCAGCAAACAAGUUUAUACAAAAUUGCGGCUCAGUUACAUCUCAUGUUGGUAGGCAUAACCAUGACACAAUAUCCAUGGCUGUUUUUGAUAGAAUGGGACACAUUGCAGUUGGUACUUCGACGAAUGGAGCAAGCUUUAAAAUUCCUGGAAGGGUUGGUGAUGGACCUAUUGCUGGAUCUUCCGCAUAUGCUGAUAGUGAGGUUGGAGCAUGUGGUGCAACUGGUGAUGGUGAUAUUAUGAUGCGCUUUCUUCCAUGUUAUCAAGUUGUAGAGAGCAUGAGAUUAGGAAUGGAACCAAUCCUUGCUGCCAGAGAUGCAAUAUCACGAAUCAGAAGAAAAUUCCCAGAUUUUAUCGGAGCUGUUUUUGCGGUCAACAAGAACGGAUUACAUGCAGGGGCAUGCCAUGGAUGGACAUUCCAGUACUCAGUUAGAAGUCCCCAGAUGAAAGAUGUACAAGUCUUUACAGUUGUUCCAUGAAAAUCCUGAAUCUCAUUGCAUUGCCUUGCACAAUUCAUUCAAGUAUUGUUGAUUACCUGAUGGUACAAACUUAUAACUGGACUUUCCUUUUUGUUAGGAGUCCACUUCAGUAUACUUUACGUUAACAGCUAAGUAUUGAGUGUUUGUCUCAAUUAUUUCCCAUUCUAUAUACUUGAUCUAAAUAAUUAUCCCAGCUAUUUUACAGCUAA